CUGGCAUAAGUGUCGCUGUCAGAGUGAUGACAGUCUGAUUUAUUUUCCUUAUAAAAGAUCUGUUUUUGGCCUGGAUGCUCAAAGAAUACUUCUUUUCCAUGGAGUUCUGUAAUUUUAUGAGUGAAAAUGCCUCGUGUAAAAGCCGCUCAAGCUGGAAGACAGGGCCCUGGAAAGAGACGACUUGCGGAAAACUUUGCCCCUGGGGAGGUAAUCACUGACAUGACGAAGAAAGAGUGGAAGCUGGGCUCUCCCAUUGGCCAGGGCGGCUUUGGUUGUAUAUAUCUUGCUGAUAUGAAUUCUUCAAAAUCGGUGGGCAACGAUGCACCUUGUGUUGUAAAAGUGGAGCCCAGUGACAAUGGACCGCUCUUUACUGAACUCAAGUUCUACCAGCGAGCCGCCAAACCAGAGCAAAUUCAGAAGUGGAUUCGUACCCAUAAACUGAAGUACCUGGGUGUUCCUAAGUAUUGGGGGUCUGGCCUACAUGAUAAAAAUGGAAAGAGUUACAGGUUUAUGAUAAUGGAUCGCUUUGGGAGUGACCUUCAGAAAAUAUAUGAAGCAAAUGCCAGAAGGUUUUCUCGGAAAACUGUCUUGCAGCUAAGCUUGAGAAUUCUGGAUAUUCUGGAAUAUAUUCACGAGCACGAGUAUGUACACGGAGAUAUCAAGGCCUCAAAUCUUCUUUUGAGCUACAAGAAUCCUGACCAGGUGUACUUGGUAGAUUACGGCCUUGCUUACCGGUAUUGCCCAGAAGGAAUUCAUAAAGAAUACAAAGAAGACCCCAAAAGAUGUCACGAUGGCACUAUUGAAUUCACCAGCAUCGAUGCACACAAUGGUGUUGCCCCGUCAAGACGUGGUGAUUUGGAAAUCCUUGGUUAUUGCAUGAUCCAGUGGCUUAGUGGCCAUCUUCCUUGGGAGGAUAAUUUGAAAGAUCCUAACUAUGUUAGAGAUUCCAAAAUUAGAUACAGAGAAAAUAUUGCAGAUUUGAUGGACAAAUGUUUUCCCGAGAGAAACAAGCCAGAUGAGAUUGCUAAAUACAUGGAAACAGUGAAAUUACUGGACUAUGCCGAGAAACCUCUUUAUCAGAACUUGCGAGACACUCUUCUGCAAGGACUGAGAGCUAUAGGAAGCAAGGAUGACGGCAAACUGGACCUCAGCCUCGUGGAGAAUGGAGGCUUGAGAACAAAGUCAAUAACGAAGCGCAAGAAAGGAAUUGAGGAGAGCACCAAAUCCAGUGUUGAAGAUAUGGAAUGCUCCAAUACACAGACAGAAGAGGUCACAAAAACCCGAAGUGAGGAGUCCCGAGGAGCAGUGCAUGGAAGCCUGUCUCAGCCAGAGGCUAGCAGCAGCAGCUAUGACAGUUCAAAAACCAGAAAGAGAGUCCAGAAGUAAAUCAAAUGCUGUAAAUCGACUUUUCUUCCUGUCAUUUGACUUAUUCCUCUUUUUCUAUUUUAAAUGUUAUAUUUUCAUGGGAGUCUUUGAGGAUGGGGCUGACCAUGAAAUAACUAUGUCUUUGAAAAAUAUAAACUUUUUUUUAUUAAGUAAAUACUGUGUACAAUUUAUUAAAGGCUGAUUUAUAUAAUUGAAA